AUGGACGGACCGCCGCUACACGUGCCAGAGGACGCGGUCCGCGGGCUGCCCGGGCACGUGCGCUCGGUGGUGGUGGUGUGGUGGGAGGACAUGGUGUCACUCGAGGCAGCCGCCGUCGUUCUCGGCACCGUUCAUGCCGUCCGCGCCGUCCGCGCCGCCGAGGCCUGGCACACCGCCGUCGCUGAGGCCAAUCCCUUUGUGGAGCAUGCGUUGGCGUGUGCUCUGACCGGCCCGCCCGAGCUGGCCCGCCCCGGCCGUGCCGCCCAUGCCCGCAUCCUGCUGUGGACCGGCGCCGCGCCGGCACUUGCCGGCGCUCGUGCCCAGCUUGUCGCCGCACGCUCGGCCCUCGCUACGCUCCGCACCAGCGCAUCCAAACUCCCCGUCGUCGAAUCAAGCACCCCGCUUGCUGGCCUUGCCGCCCGCUGGAUCCGCAAGAUUGGCGCUCGCCUCACCCAUGCUGCCCGCGUCCUCGCCGAGGCUUCAGAGCUGACCAAGCCACAAGUGCUGCCCGGCGACGCCGACGAGCUGCAGUCUGAGAUCGGCUUCCGUCUCAUCAGCGGCGUGCCAGCAACCGCAAGGGCUGCGUCGUGGACCGGUGCCCUGCACGCGUAUCUUGCACAUCACACCCUGGGACCUCCUCGCACUCACCGCACCGCCGAGUACAGCGAGCUUGUGGCGCGGCACUGGGGACCUGACGCCAGCGUCGCGCUCGACGAGACUGCACUCCACCAGAUUUCUGUCGACGUGCCGCGGACCCAGCCCAAGGUGCUGUUUUUCAAAGAAUCGGCCGUAACCGAAGCCAUGGAGCGCAUCGGUGUUGUCUUUACUGCGUCGCACGGUGAGGCGUGGACAUCACCUGUUGCCUAUGCGCAGGGCAUGCUCGACCUCUCUGCCCCGUUCCUGCUCGUUUUUUACGCGGCCGCCAAGGUCCUGCCCACCAGAGGCGUCGACGACUCCGUGGCUGAACACGGCAUCGACGCUGACGCGCUGGACAGCGCAGAGCGCCUGGCCUUUGUCUGCCUCCGCGCACUCAUCGAGGCUCUUGCUCAUUGCUUCACCCCGAACCGCGAGGGUGUCUCCCACAUUGUUCGCAUUGUCCACGGGUACGUGGCAGACCUCGCGCCUGAGCUUGACGCGCAUCUGCGCCAACACCUCGAGUACGCCGUUGUGGUCUUCCGCUGGAUCAACUGUGUCUUUGUCCGCGAGUUUGACCUCGAGUCGCUCAUCCGCCUCUGGGAUGGGCUGCUUCUCGGCGGCUCGGCGGCGCUACCUGGUGCCAUUGCCGCGCUGGCCGCGGCGCUCCUCCUCCGCGCGCGGGAGCUCCUCCUCGGUCUCGACUCGACCGAGCUGCUUAUGGCAGUUCAGGACCUGGCGAGCGCGCUUGGCCCGUGGGAUGCCGGCGACGUCCAGGCCUUGCUCGUCGAGGCCAACGCACUGCGGUCGCUGCGCGCCAGCAAGUCCGAGGCGGGCACACCGUGAGCCGCGGCACUGUCCUGUUGAGCUAUGUGUUAUUCCGCCCCACGGCUGGGGAGCGGGCUAGUAGUGACGAGGCGUGGCCACGGCGUGUGGCACGCCGGACAGCCAAACGCCUGCGCAUUGCGCAUCGAGGUGGCGAGGCAGGC